UGAGGAGCGCGUUUAGAAUUCCUGCGAAGUCUGCGUUUUAGUCUGCUGCCGUCGUGGGGAUACGUCCUAAAUCGUUGCUUUUGUUGAACUUAUCCCUAAUCCAGCAAGGCAUAUAACCUUCUAGUUCUGGCCGGACGUGUUAUCUUCUAAAUACAUUCAUGAUGAUAGGAAUAAAAUAACAAAAUGCUUAGAAGGUCCUGAAAUAUUGGUCAUUUUUGUUGGACUCGGCAGAACUGAGGAGUCUGGUCAAACCCAGCGCUGUCGGCAUUCGCUCGCUGGCGCAGCAUUCGUCAGUUUGCGUGUAGAGCGCUACGCUCCACCCAGUCUGUGCCAUUGGCCUUAUCUCCACAUGGGGAGCCACUAAGAAUAUGGGCAGGAGUUGCUGUUGUGAACGUGCGCAGCGAACACAUUGCUCCGCCCUGUGCACCAGUCGCCUUUAUGCUGAAUAUGUUUGAGCUAUUGAAAACUUUGCCGUGGUGUCUCUCUUUCAAUUCCCGCAAGUUUUAAUGCCGUGGGAGUCACAUCUAAGCCUCGCUCUAAAGUUGCAAUCAAGAAAAACACACCCUGGACCACCGUAGUCUAAGCUUGCUUGUGUUAACUCAUAUAGUACGUCGCUUGAUGUGUUGAAAGCAGGUAGAAGUUUCUCAUCUCCCCCGAUCUGUGAUCUGGAACAACUGUACUCCUGCAACUGUGACGCUGAGGUCAUCGAAGGAAUUCCAACAAUGUGGGCUUCGGCUCAAGGUGGCGGAGGGGGAGGAGGCGUGGCGUUCCCAGGGUUCGGCAGCGGUUGUGGCGCGGGAGGCUCGGCAGCGGCUGCCGCUGGCGUGUACCUCAAGACGCCCGCGCCGUACGGCAUGAACGGCCUCGGCCUCGGCAUGGGGGUCGAGAGCCUCCACCCGGGCAUGGGCUACCCGCCCCCCUCUGAUUAUUUAUACAGUGAGUAUAAAUAUUCCUACAGGACAGCCACCCCAGGCCGCAAGCAGCGUCGGGAGCGCACGACGUACACGCGCGCGCAGCUCGACAUCCUCGAGACGCUCUUCGGCAAGACGCGCUACCCGGACAUCUUCAUGAGGGAGGAGGUCGCUAUCAAGAUCAACUUGCCAGAGAGCAGAAUACAGUUAAGGACGCGUCGCCCCCGUCGCCCCCGCCGUCCGUCAGUUCAGGGUCGUCCCUAUCCCUGCCCCCCUCGACCCCCUACAACCCCAUCUGGUCCCCUGACGCCGUCCAACAACCCUAGGGACGCGUCGCCCCCAUCGCCCCCACCGUCCGUCAGUUCAGGGUCAUCCCUAUCCCUGCCCCCCUCGACCCCCUACAACUCCAUCUGGUCCCCCGCCGGUAUCCCCCACCAGGCGUCCUCAUUACCCGCCAUGGGGGACCUCAUGGGGGGCGGGGGUCUCGAGAGGGGGGGUUAUGGGGGAGCCUGCUACCAGGGGUACGGCGCCCACUCCUACUACUCCAACAUGGACUACUUGGCACCCAUGACUCACUCUCAGAUGAGUUCAAUGAACUCGUUGAACCCAAUGAGCUCUGUUCACCACCAGCACCUGGGCGCUCAUCACCACUCCGCCUCGUCGGGGCUGAGUUCAUCACCGUUAGGUUCAUCCUUGGGUUCAUCACCAUUGAGUUCAUCACACCACUUGGUGUCAUCACUAAGUUCAUCAUCACUCAACAGCGGAGCUUCGCUCAACAGCCACACUCACUCUGGAGGAGCUCUGACUCACCACUCAUCCUUGAGUCACCCAUCCCUGAGUCACCCGUCCUUGAGUCACCCAUCCUUGACUCACUCAUCGGCUCUGAAUCAGGCGAGUCCUAGGAGUCCUUCAGGGGCGCCGGCGUCUCUCACGCCGCUGCCGCAGGACUGCCUCGAGUCCUACGACGAUAAGGCGGCGUCCGCCGCUGCGGCCUGGAAGAACUACCAAGGAUUCCAGAACUUGUGAAGGAGCGACACGCGACGACCACACAGCUACCAGGCCUGGCUUGGUACCAUGUAAAUGAUCUGUUGCCGCCAUGUGAGAAACUGGAUCGGUUUGCCGCCAUGUGAGGAACAAUAUCAACGGACGGCAUGUGAGAAAAAUGAUCGGUUGCCGCCAUGUGAGGAAUAGAAUCAGUCGCCGCCAUGUGAGGAAUAGGAUCAAUGGACGCCACGUGAAGAACAAGAUCGGUCGUCGCCAUGUGAGGAACAGGAUCAGUCGCCGCCGUGUGAGGAACAAGAUAAACGGCUGCCAUGUCAGGAACGGUAUCGGUUGUCGCCAUGUGAGAAACAGUUUUGGUGGCCAUCGGAAUACCACUUUUCACAUUUGAACACAUUUAAAUUUGUUGAAAUAUCUUAUAAAAUUCACAUAGCAUGAAGAGGAGUUCAGAUUAAUUUUGUAUUGAAAAUCUCGAAGUGCAAGAUCCCUCUGCCAUGUGACCAACAACGAAAAGUACUGGAAUAACUUUCAAUUAAUGCAAUAUUUCUUAUUAGUCUGAUAAUUAUAAAAAUAUACUUUAUUAAACAAGUCGUGAGAUAUUCAUUUGAAGCCAGUAACGAUAUGAGUGAAGAAUGUUUCAUUCAGAAAUAUAGCGAAGAAAUCAUCGCUGUGAAGUCAACGAGCUUUAGUUGAAUUGCUCGAGCAAAAAAUAUUCAAAAUAUUCAGGCGCUGUUGAUAGCCGAGUACGAUAA